AUGACUGCGACUGCGGAAUCCAACACAUCAGCCACCGGCACCACCACCGCCAAGGCCUCCAGCUCUGCCGCCAACGGCUCUGGCACCACACCGUCUUCAGUUUUCCACCGCACCCUCAAGACGGGACUGCCCAUGGCCAUCCGCGGCGAGGGCAACUACCUGUACACUGCGUCUGGGGCCAAGAUUCUCGACGCGUCGGGCGGCGCUGCCGUCGUCUCGAUUGGCCAUGCCGUGCCCGAAGUUGUCGAGGCGGUCACAGCCCAGCUGGGCACGCUGCCGUACGUCUCGAGCGCGCUGUUCGGGAUGCAGCCUGCCGAAGACCUUGCGAGCCAGAUGUGCAACGAUGCCGGCUUUGGAAGGGCCAUCUUCUUGACGGGCGGUAGCGAGGCCGUGGAGACGGCCAUCAAGUUGUGUAGGCAGUAUCACGUCGAGAACGGGCGGCCGGAGAGGACCAAGUUUAUCGCGCGCGAGAUCAGCUACCAUGGCAACACUCUUGGUGCCCUCGCUCUCGGCCGCCAUGACCGUCGCCGCAAGAACUUUAUGCCCCUCUUGAGCACCGAGUUCCACGCCGUCUCGCCGUGCAACGCCUACCGCUUCAAGAACGCCGGAGACAGCGAUGACGCGUACGUCGCCCGCCUGGCGGCCGAGCUCGACGCCAAGAUCACCGAGCUGGGUGCCGACACUGUGGCCGCGUUCUUCAUGGAGCCAAUUGUGGGCGCUGCGGCGGGUUGCGUCCCCUUUGUUCCAGGGUACAUCCGUGCCAUGAAGGCUGUGUGCCGCAAGCACGGCGUCCUCUUCUGCUGUGACGAAAUCAUGUGUGGCCUCGGGCGCAGCGGCAAGCUGCACGCGUGGCAGUGGGACGCCGACCCGAACAGCGACGGCGACGACGCGCGCCCCGACGUGCAGACGCUCGGCAAGGGUCUGUGUGGCGGGUACGCGCCGCUCAGUGCCGUGCUCGUCGCUCCGGCUGUGGUGGACGUGUUUGCCCGCGGGACAGGCGCGUUCGUCAAUGGGUACACGUUCCAGAGCUCGGGCAUGGGCACGGCCGCGGGCCUGGCAGUGUACAACUACAUCAAGAAACACGGCUUGGUGGAACAGUGUCGUCUCCGUGGCCAACUGCUCGUGCGCCUCCUUGAGGAGAGCGUCCUCCCGCUCCCGCAUGUGGGCAGUGUGCGUGGAAACGGUCUGUUCAUCGGCAUCGAGCUCGUGCAGGACAAGGAGACAAAACAGCCGUACCCAUACGCGGACAAGGUGGCGGACAAGAUUGGCGACGCCGUGCUAGAGCGCGGGGCAGCCGUGUACUAUGGCUCUGGAUGUGCAGACGGCUGGGAGGGAGACCACAUCAUGCUGUGCCCUCCAUACACCAUUACCGAGGACGAGAUCGUGUUCCUUGUCGAACAGGUCAAGGCUGGCAUCCAGGAGGUGUUGUCAGAGUAG